AUGGUGGUGGUUAAAAUAGAUGAAAUCUUGAAAAACGCAAAACAUACAGAGAGGAAGGGAGCGGACAAGGAUAAAGAGAGAGGGUUGGACAGGAAAAGCGAUGGGGAGGGGAAAAUUGGGUCGGGGAAGAGGAUGCGAUGCGACAGAGAGAUGGAGAAAAUGGAAGUUGGGGAGUGGUUUCUUUCGAGAGCGCAUGAUUAA